UUUCCCGAUAGAGGCGCUGAUCAUAAAAAUAGUUCGGCAAAAAGAAAAUAGAAAGAAAGAAAGAAGCGAGAUGAGAUCAUUAUUUUGUUAGACAUGGUAAAGAGAAUUAUAAUGGAGUUCCUAUAGAGGAUAAGCAAAAAAAAAAAAAUGAUGACGUAAAGCAUAAAUUUUUUCAGUUCAGUUCAAUAGUUCGGCAGGCCUCAGGACACCGUGCUGGGUAUACUGUGAUAGUAACCAGAGUAACCUACAACUACAAUUUCUAUAAGUAAAAUUCUGCCGAGAUGGAUGCUGUAGAACAUGAAUAUUCAAAAACCAAUGAAAUUAAUGAAUCUGAAAAAAAACGGUUGAAAUCAUUAAAGGAAAAGAGAGAAACAUAUAGAGCUAAAGAAUUAUUAAUACAGAAUGCACUGAAGAGUUUGGAUAACAAAUCCAAUGCAAAUAAAAUAAUAUUCGAUGAAGAUAUUGAUCAAGUGCAGCAACCUAGAGUUAAGAAAAUAAAAAAAAAGAAACGUGAUUUGUUUGACGACGAUGAAGGCAAAGAUAAUGAAUUGUUGUGGGAUGAUAGCACAUUUGAAGUUGCAAAAAAGCCUUGUAGACAAAGUAUCACUUUAGGAAAUGAUGAAAGGUUUAAACUUGAUAAACGGUUUAUGGAUGAUGAUUGUGAAGUAGAUAAAAAUAUUACAACAGAUAACAUUGAUGAAUGUGAUUUGCAAAAAGAAAAAGAAUGGCAAUUAGAUAUUUUAGAAAAUAUUUUAGGAGUGCCGAUUCAGGAUACUUCCAAAAGCAAAGAAACACACAAGGAUGUAAAGUUUCCAAGAAAACAAAUGAUUAGGUAUGAUCCUACAGAAAGUAAUCAUAAAGAAUAUGAGAUUAUUGAAGAGAAAUCAGAAUUGCCUACCAAAAAUGUUAAAAAAAACAAAAGAGCUAAGGGUAUCAUUGAAGACCCUGCUAAAAAUUCAAUAACUGAAGUAUCUAAAGAUGUCUAUUAUUCAGUAUCAGAGUCAUUGUCGAAAAGUUUGAAAGAAGGAGGCCAAUUUAGUCUACUAAAAACGUCUCAAAAAGCAGAAACAAAUGAAAAGGAAGAUCACGAGUAUAAUGCACCCACAAUAGAUUCUUCAAACCAACCAAAAUUUCACUUUAGUUUUGAUAGGAAAAACCCAUUUAAGUAUGACUCAUCCGAUGAUGAAAAUGAUAACAAAGAAAAAGAACCUGAGAAGAAACAUCAUAUAAAUCAUAUAUCUACGGAAAUAAAUAAAUUUUUUUUUGACAUUAAUGAUACACGUUUUAAUGAAAAUUUCAGAGGCAGUACAAUUUUUUUCCAAAGAAUCAGUGCCAGAUAGCGAAUUUAAAAACCUUAGACGGGAAUUAAAACAAAUUGUGCGUUUAAAAGUUCAAAGAAAUGUAAAAAAGAAUCAACCAUAUGGACGUAAAAAGAAAAUUAAACGAUAGGGAAUUAGAUUAAAAAAUUUGUUUAGCUGUAUUUGUAAAUGUUGUAAUCUUUUAAAAAUAUAAAUAUCAAAUUCGUACAAAUAUUUUAGAAAAAAAAAACAAUUAAAUAUUUGUAAAUAUAUUUAUACAAUGUGUGUAUACCAUACAAAAUAUCAUGUAGUAUCCUAUUUUCUUAAUAUGGAGUUAACAAUUAUUAAUACAUUAUUUGUUGUUACUAUUGAUGCCAUACAUAUAUUCAACAAUAAUCGUAACAACUUUUAAGAACAUAAUAUACUAUGAUAGAUCCUUUAAAAAAUAAAAAAUAAAUGCAUUUAGUAUUGGUCCAUAUUCAGCCUUCAUCAAUAAAUUCAUAAUAUAUAUUCAAAAUAAUUGUACUGAAUAAAGCAUACAUCCUAAAUGUUUUUUUUUUUUUUGCGAAAUUGGAAAUAAAAGGGUCUAUUGAUUCAAUUCA